CCAAUAAGGCAGCGGUUUCCUGCUAACGUGUUUCCAGCCUAGACAGGCCUCGUCUUCGCCCUUGGUUCGUGUUCGAGGUUCGUGUCUCAGCCGAGCAGAGCAGCAGAGAUGGUGUCGUACUGGAGACAGGCCGGCCUCAGCUACAUUAGGUACUCGGCUAUCUGUGCUAGGGUGGUCCGGGCAGCUCUGAAGCCCCAGCUCAGGACAGAAGCGCUGAAAGAAGCAGAAUCCAGCGUGAAAGUCACCAAAGUGAAAACUGCAUGAUGACCCAUCACAGAAGAUCCUCCUUAAGAAUUGGACGUGUCCAUCCCAGCAUGAUGACUUGGUGACCACCUGGAAGACCUUAGUGAAUUUACCCCAGAUUUAUCCUUUUGAUAAUAAAUUAUGAGUCUCCUGUUAA